AUGGCCUCCUAUGAUUCAGCGAUGCCCGCGACGGCACAUCGACCAGCGGUCUUUGGGGCCCCAGUUCCCAUGACCGAUCCUACUGCCCCUCCCGGCACCUUUGCACCAGGGACAAAGAUACAAGUGGGAAAUCAUAAGGUGGUCAUUCAGAAAUACUUCUCAGAGGGAGGAUUUGCCCAUGUCUAUCUGGUCAAGAUGCCCAAGCCUGUUGAUGGGACCGACAUCGCCAUUCUCAAACGAGUUGCCGUGCCGGACAAGGAGAACCUGGCGAAUAUGCGAACCGAGGUAGAGACCAUGAAGAAGCUGAAGGGCCACCGACCGAUUGUUACAUACUACGAUUCACAUGCAUCACAGUUAAAAGGUGGCGGAUAUGAGGUGUUUUUACUCAUGGAGUUCUGCAAUGGAGGGGGUCUGAUUGAUUUUAUGAACACCCGACUGCAGAACCGAUUGACUGAGCCCGAGAUCUUGAAGAUUUUCUCCGACGUGGCUGAGGGCGUGGCAUGCAUGCAUUAUCUCAAACCUCCGCUAUUACAUCGAGAUUUAAAGGUCGAAAACGUCCUAAUUACCUCGGCGGGCAAAUCCAACCGGUUCAAGCUGUGCGAUUUUGGAUCGACUGCCCCACCGCGGCCUGCGGCGACCACCGCCUCUGAAUGCAGACUCAUCGAAGAUGAUGUUCAGAAACAUACUACCCUCCAAUAUAGAAGUCCAGAAAUGAUUGAUGUCUAUCGAAAACAACCGAUCGACGAGAAGUCGGAUAUAUGGGCUCUUGGGGUGCUCCUAUAUAAGCUGUGCUAUUACACGACCCCAUUUGAAGCCCAAGGGCAACUUGCAAUUCUAAAUGCAAGCUUCAAGUUCCCCAGCUACCCUCACUUUUCGGACAAUUUAAAGAAACUUAUCGCGUCCAUGUUGAGAGAACACCCAAAAUCUCGACCCAACAUUUACCAAGUAUUACGUGAAGCGUGUCUGAUGCAAGGGAUUGAGGUGCCUAUUAAAGAUAUUUAUUCCGGGCGUACUGCAUCAGAAGCACGGCGCAAUCAGCAGUUACCAUCUCCAAGCCCACAUGUGGCAUCGCCUCCAACUGUGGGAGCCGUCUUCUCACCGCCAACAAAACAGCAGCAGGUUAUUCCUGAUGUUGUCCCGAUGCGCAGGGGAAGGCCCACGACAAGUGCAAAAGAACAUACCCCGAAACCGAGUCCCUCCCCAAUGCGAGGGACUAGCAGCGACCCGUUUGCGGCCUUGGAUGCUAAAGCCCCUCCAGGACCCGUGGACGAGAUCUCCAAUCGAUUUCCAAGCUUGGAUCAAUUUACUUUGCUCCAUGAUGCCGGAAAAUUCGAUUUUGAAGCGAGCUCGCCAGCGAAGUCCAGCCAACCUCGUGAUCUCAGCCAAAGAGUGACCGAAAAGCUAGCUGAUGAUGCGUUUGCAUUGCCCCCAAAAGAAGCUUCCUCAAAACCUUCAGCUCCUGCUCAAACCGCUUCCAGCAAAAUUUCUCGGGCCCAGAAGAUAAUCUCGAGCAAUCCGGAAUUGCAAUCUGUGGCAUCCCCUCAAAAUGUCGUAUACCAGCCAACUCCGUCACGUCCCAAAACUUCAGUGUACGUCUCCCAGGGUACAAUGACCUCAACCACGCCACCAUUAGGUGGCCAGCAACCGGCUAAGUAUGGUCCAUCCCCUGUCUACCGCUUUCCAGCGACCUCAGAUCACCAUAGGUCAGCAAGCCUUCCAAGAAAUCAAGAAGCGACAACAACUAAAGGACCCCUUCUUCGUCCUGGUGAGAAUCAGACUCUCCAUGCCAGGUCCGCUUCUCGGGGACAUGCGCGACAUGCGUCAUCAUCACGCCCGUCGCUCGAAGGUGGUAGACCCAGCAGCGAUGCAUUAGACCCGAUCGCGAGGACGAAGUCAAGUAAUGCUCGGCCUAGACCAACUAGCACGUACCUAGAGUCUAAUAUAGACUACUUGAGGGAGAAGGAGUCGAGCGGCAGGUCUUCAAUGGAGAACCGACCAUUGUAUACCAAGCCACUCGAGGCAGAGAUCACAGAUCAAAGCCCAGAUGAAACUAACAUCGAGUCGAAUGUGGACUUCCUCCGCACAAUGGAAGAUAACGACUCUACUAAGAAGGAUAGAAGGCGAAGCAGUGGCGCCAAUAAUAAAUCGAAGCGCUCCAGCUUGCCAUCUUUGUCUGGAACAAAGAACCUGCUAGCUGGAAAAUUUGGAGAUGCGUUCAAGCGCUUCGAAACCAAUGCCAGCUCGCCGCCACCACGGACUCCAAGCCCCUUGCAGGAUAUGGAACGGAAAGAACUGACGCCCAUCGCUGGAUCAGAAGCCACUGAUGGACGGAGCGAUGAUGGCAUGGCGGUCGACGACAUGGAAAACAUGGCUCCUGAGCAAAGACGCGAGCUCGAGCGUAGACGGCUUUCCAUGGAGGAAGCGCGCGUAGCAAAUGCCGCCGCUGAGUACCGAAGACGACUAGCUGAAAGAGGACCACCUACGGCACCGAGAAGCAUCGGUGGCGUGUCCCGCGCAGCGAGUAUCCAAAAUAAAGUGAAGACGCUCCUUGACGAGAAUCAACACUCGCCAAAGAAGACGGCCGAGGGUUAUGGGCGAUACACCAACAACAGUGGGAGUGGCCCUGCCCCAAAGCAGUUCGAGCACGCGCCUAUAAACCCCUACGGACAGCCUGCCAUCCCACGGAAACCCAUAGUACACGGCACCGUCCACGCUCGAACAAUGCCCCUCCAAAACGACCUCGACUACCCGCGAACACGGCCCCAACCCAACCCCGCCACAGUCUCCAGAACCGGCGGCCCCAAACCAAACGCUCCCCCCAAACCCAUGCACCUCAACAGCAUCAGCACAGGUCCUCGAUCGCACCACCCGCAAAACUCCCCUCCCAAAUCCACAUCUCUCCCCACGCGCCCCAUUCAAGCGCGACCAGACAUGACGCCCCAGGAGAAAGAAGAUUACAUGGCGGAUUUCAGCAAGAGGUUCCCGAGUCUGUCCGGGAUUGAGAUGGUAGAAAGGGAUAUUGAGAAAGAGGAUAGGGGGGUGAGGACUAAGGAGAUUUAA